GUGGAGAGAGAUCUAGUUCUAGGUCUUCCUCUUCUAUCAUGGCAGAAGAAAAGAAGAAGAUGUUGAAACCUAGUUGUACUUCGGCAACUGACACUUCUAGGGCAAGAAAGCAUACCAAGAAUGCGACACUUGGUCGUCCAACAUCCCAAACACGCACAGCAGAUCGCGAUGGCGCUUGUAAUUAUUCAGUCGGAAGCAAAACCAUAGGACGAUGUAGCGCGCUCGUGGAGCGCGCUAAGAAGCUGGAGAGGCGUCUAGAGACGCAUGCGGAACUCGAGGCCGAGCGACGGAGGGAGGAGAGGUACAGGAAGCAAAUGCUGGGUUGGCAGCUGACUUCGGAUGAAGCGGAGCUCGUUGUGCAGGUAUGGACAGGACUCAUAGAAACCUCACAGGACUCAUAGAAACCUCUACUUAAAGGACCUCAUAGAAACCUCACAGAAACACAUCAGACACUCAUGAUUUCUUACGUUUGGACUUCAGUUUGUUUCUAAAAAGUGACGUGACGCGUGAUUACUUGAACCUGCUCUGGCGAGGUGCGGCGCAGAACGCUCGGAAGAGUUUGCGUGAAGCAGAGACUAAGAAGAUCACGAGGAUGAAAGUAGACAAAGGAACAAGUGGAGGUAGAGUAGCUACGAGUGCGAGUUCGACUGCAGCAAAAAGUUUUUCAUCUUCUUCUGCACAUAGCAAAGGGACGAGCAAGAAGCAGCACACCAAAAAACAGGUAGCCCCGAGCAAGAACAAGGGAGAUGCAGCUGCUACACCAAGCGUCGAUGAACAAGCCACCUGUCCUGAGGUGUUGCGCCGACCACCAGACACAAACAAAAGAAAAGUUCUUCCACCAUUAAGAGAAGAUGGAAAAGAGCAGGAAGAUGUUGAGACUGGUGUAGAGCAAGCUGCGAUAUCUGCAUCAGCUGGCCUGUUCGAUUCACCCGCUUCAGCAUCAAAACCACCUCCUGCUCCACCCAAGAAAAAUAAAGAGACCAGUAGCACGUCAAAAUCUCCAAAUACAAGGAAGAUCCACGUGCCACGCACUAAUGAAGAAGUCUGGGCCACUCUGCGUGCCUCGUGGGCCAAUAUUAGGACAUUUGAGGCGACUUUGCGCAAGAAUAAAUCUUCAGGUGGUGCCGGUGGCUCGCCGUCUGAUGAUGCAGCUGCCUCAACCUGUCCUCCGACUGAAUCUCCAGCAAGUCGCGGAGGACGUGUACCUUUCUAUUCACCGUCUGCAGCAUCCUCGUUGCCGCCUGAAGGGUCGCCAGAAGGGUCACCAAUACUAGCUUCAUCAUUUUCUGUUGUAGCACCACAUGCUACAGCGCCGCAUGCCAGUCCUGUGCCGUCCGCUUCAGCAGUUGCGUGCAAAUCACCUCCUGAGGCUGUUGAUCUUAGUGGCAAGAAUAGUACGAACACUGCUGCUUCCGGGGCAAAAAAUCCAGCAAAAGGUGAGCAAGGGCAGAACUUUGAACAUCCAGCAUCAAGUUCAUCUUCGUAUCUUUCUAUUUCUGCUCAAGUACCCCUAAUCCGACAACAACUCCGUAAGCGGUACCAUCUUGCCUUGACUGCUUUUCGCGCCUUCGACCUCGAUUGCGACAACGUUCUGUGCUUUGAAGAGUUUGCGUAUAGUUUGACGCAGAAAAUUGGAGCGUCAGAGGAAUGCGUGGACCAUCUGUGGGAGCAAGCGCAUUGCCGGUCAUCGGGAGUUGUGCGGUUUGUGGAUUUCACGCGUGUGUUUUUUCCCAAGAAGACAGGUCCGGGAGGAAAGGCGGGAGGGGUACGGGGAAGCAAGGUCCUAUUUGAUGAAAGGAGUUCGAGUUUCGCAGAAGAUAUCAUGAUCCGUACUCAGGAAAUAAAAUUGUACUGCUUGUUCCAAGACGAUCAAAGAGAUGAAUAACGGUUGUCAUAUUUAUCAUGAAAAAUUGAUGAUGGGACUAGUACAGGAGUGAUCAUGAUGAUUGUUGGACGAGACUUCUUCCUGCCGUCCAUCUACUUUGCACGCUUCACAGGUCCGCACACUGGUUGCGCUCCGUCUUCGAGAAAAGCCCAAAACUGCAUCCGCAGUUGUGGGUAUUUUAGAACCUGAUACAACGCAUGAAGUCCAAGAGGUGCUAGGAGACUGGCUACAGGUGCGUGCGAGAUGCUUCUUCACGGUCCCUUCAGGAGAGUCGCCAAGUGAUGCUGUUGGAUCGCCAGGAGCUGACGAAGACGAGGGUUCUGCUGAUGGAGUACUGCCACCGAGUGCGAGUGCAGGGGAUCAUGUGGCAUCAUCGAAGCCGGCUGACGGCGUGCCAUCUUCAAGUGCGAAGGAUGCAAGACAUAGACAUGGGAGUCAGCAAGAAGGAAGCUUAGAGUGGGUUGAAGGGUGGUGUCUGAGAGGAGAUCCUGUCUCAGGGAUGCAAUUUGUGAGACGCGUGGAGUCUGCUGUUACAUGAUUGAUGUUGAUGUGGGAUUUCCGUCUCCCACGGGCAUUCAUAGAAUUGAAGCAAGAGAAAAACUUGAAUCAACAACCCGUGUUGUAAAUACGAUUUCCGCGCGAAUUCUGCAAAACAUAACUUUGG